UUCCGGAAGUGAAAUGGCGGGAGUCUCAGCAUCUCUGCCCAUCGACCCCCGGAAGCGGAAACAGAAGCCCAACCGGCCCCUUCCUCACUGCCCUCCAAAUCCCGCUGUAGCCAUUGCUGCAGAGACGAUGCCGAAACGAAAGAAGCCGAAUCAGCAGCAAGAGUCUCCCCCGCAGCAACUCCCACGCCCCAAGCGGGAUGAGGAUGGAGAUGAGGAUGACGGAAGUCCCAUUGGACCCCCCAGCCUUUUGGGCUCUCCCCCCAUGGCCAAUGGAAAACCUGGAGAUCCCAAGUCAGCACUUAACAGAGGUCCUCCAGGAUCAAGGGGACCACUGAUUCCACCACUGCUGAGUCUCCCACCUCCUCCCCGGGGUAGAGGCCCAAUUCGGGGAGGCCUAGGUCCUAGAUUUGGGCCAUAUGGUCGUGGUUGGUGGGGAGUCAAUGCUGAACCUCCUUUUCUGGGACCAGGUCAUGGAAGUCCUCCCAGGGGAGGCUUUCACAAAGAACCAAGAAACCCUCGAAGGCUUAAAAGCUGGUCCCUCAUCAAGAAUACUUGCCCACCAAAGGAUGGACCCCAGGUUUUGGAAGACAAAUCCGACCGCCCUGUCUGCAGACACUUUGCCAAAAAGGGACACUGUCGAUAUGAAGACUUCUGUGCCUUCUACCACCCAGGCAUCAACGGACCUCCUCUGUGAAACUGUGCCUUCUUAUCCUGGC